GAUCAUGUGCCUUUUCUCAUGCAUGACUCUGACCUGAGAAGAACAACGAAUAUCAAGGAGGUCCUGCCAAAUGCCUCCUUGACACACCCUUCCUUAUUUGAUUGGGAUUUCCUGUCGACUCUGAAUGCAGGCAAAUGGUUUUCACAAGCUCUGAUCAAACCAUUUUUUGGUAUGAAACCCUUAUCAGAGGCUGAUAUGGAAAGAGCAGGAAAUCAGAAGAUUCCAAAGCUAACUGAAUUAUUGGAACUUGCACAGAAGGAAAAAAAGUUUGUGAUCUUUGAUCUUAAUGGCCCUGCACCGAAUCAUUCUCUCCGAGCUUUGUAUGUCCGCCAUGUAGUAAGCAUAAUCCUUGACUCUCAGAUUGAGCAACGUCUGGUUUUUUGGUUGCCAGCUUUUGAAAGGGAGUAUGUCAAGAAAAAAGCUCCUGGUUUUCGGCAAGUGAGCCGGUUAUUCUCUGUUGAACGACUCACAAAAGAAAAUAUCACUAGAGUAAAUGUUGACUAUAAGAACUUGUUCUAUAACGGGAUGAGAGAAUAUAGAGCAGCUAACAUCAGCAUCAACUUAUACCUUGUCAAUGAACCUUGGCUCUUCUCACUGGCCUGGUGCUCCAGGAUUCAAUCAGUGACCACAGACAACAUUCAGGUCCUGAAUGAGAUGACUCAACCUUCCUACUUCAUGACACCAAAGUACUAUUUGAUUGUGUGGAUUCUCAUGGAUAUUCUUUCUGCAAUUUUCAUUGUUGCCAUACUUUAUUUUCAUUGGUGGAAAGAGAGAAAAAAAGAAAAAUUACUCAACAGCACCAGCAUUCACACAGACAUUCAAGAAACAGCCUCUAACAUAGAAAAAGGGUCAUUGGAAACCCUUGGACUCUGGCCAUCUUCCAGCCAGCCUAGAUCAAAAGAACCCUCAAAUACCCAAGCUCCUUCUGUAUCACAGCAGCCCCCGAGGAGGAAGCUGUCACACCAUCAGGAUCCUCCUAAGGGAAACAUGCUACCAGGGGUUGCCAAGAACAUCAGAUCACCAAUGUCCCCCAAGGGGAAUGUCAAACCACCUGCGUCUCCCAAGGAGAAAAUCAAGCCACCAGUGUCCACCACGGGGGACAUCAAACCACCAGCGCCACUCAAGGGGGAGGUCAAACCACCAGUGCACCCCAAGGGGGUGGUUAAACCACCAGCACCCCCCAAGAUGGAAGCCAGACCACUAGCAUCCCCCAAGAGAGAGGUCAAACCACCAGUGCCCCUCAAGGGGAAGGCCAAACCACCAGUGUUCUCCAAAGGGCAGGUCUAAUCACCAGAGGCACACAAGGGGGAGGUCAUAGCACCAGCAUCCCCCAAGAAGACCAUCAAACCAAGUUUGUACCUAAGUGAUCAUCAGACAGACACCUCCCCCACAACUGAAACAUAAUAACUCCCUACCACAAAGAGUCUAGACCCACAGAACCCACCAAAGACACCCCAACCCUGAAAUUCAACCCUGAGGCCCCUGUUGUUGAGUUCUCCUCUGAGGAACCCUUUCACAUAGUACAUUCCUCCUCUACUCGUGUGUCAUCAUUCUCGUGCAGGAUGUUCUUGGAGGCAAUUUAGCCACAGUCGCUUUCUCCUUCCUCUCUGUACCUCAGGGUGACCUGAUGGUAGAGAAAGGUCAACAAAGGAGUUCAGGAGAGCUAGGGAGACUCACAAAAACCAUUCUUGUCUAGCCUUUCUAUAAAGAAUGCAUUUCAAGGGGAUGAGCAAAUGGAAAAUACUUGUUAUCCUGGAGCUGGAGCUGGUUUCUCUCCGGGUGUCAGAGGGUCUGUCUCAUCCUAACCCUUCGUAAUAUUCCCCACUAAAGGAGUGGCUGUGGUGAACAUCAGCAUGCAAAUAAAGGCAACCUUUCAGGAACUGAGAAGGUAAUUGAUACAA